AUGGACCCUUCCGAGGCUAAGCCACGAUUGCCCUCGCAACGUCGUUUGCCGCGAGCGUCGCGUGCUUGCGAGACCUGCCGUUCUCGCAAGACUAAGUGCGAUCAAGCUCAACCAUGCUCAUAUUGCGCAUGUACAUCUUCUGCUCUGAUCCCGCUUGAAUGGCAGUACGCUGACGAAGCUAAGAUCACUCCUUUAACUGUGUCUACCGUACAUCCGGAGGCCGGGGAACUGCUAGGGAUCCCCAUGCUCAAAGAAAACGAGCCGCUAGAGCCCCGCAGGAAAGCGUCUUCAGAGCUCGGGGACGCCGCAGGCAGAGAUGGCCUCAGUGGAGUGAAUCUCCAUACAAAGGGAACUGAGUUCUAUGGAAAUUCAUCAAAUCUAGCGUUCCUCGGUAACCUCUUCGCAAGAGCCCAGAACCAAUCGGAAGGGCGUGAACCAGUCGGUAGUCAGGACAUUGCAGCGAAGACGGCAAACAGGCCACAGCCGUCCUCGCCUGAAAACAGAUCCACCUCUGGAAAAUCGCAGCUUUCUAUCGUGAACUUACUUUACAAUGCGGACUACACAGGUUAUCCGUCACCGCAAUCCUAUGACAGCACAGAAAGCUCGCACAAAAGUUCCUCGCAUGCAAAUGCGCCGAGGAGCACGGCGGGCCCUAUCAAUUUCCAAGAAAAUGCCGGUCUACCCGCACUGUUCGCCCAGAUCACAGACGGUGCACAAUUGGAAAUCGAGAAAAUCUUCAUCGGCAGCUACUUCACAAAUAAGCACUACAUCCACCCGAUUUUAUCAAAAGGCGCCUUCAUGCGACGCUGCGAGCGCGAAGCAUGGCCCAUAUCCCGACGAGCCGGACUUUUUCGAGGCACCACUAAAUUUUCAGGACUGUACUUUGCCGUUGUUGCACUGGGUGCUAUCAAUGCGAGUCCGAAUGAGACCGCUCUGCUGGAUCAUUUCUAUCAGCAGUCUACAGACCCGGACAGAACAGCACCAGCAACCCAUUUCUCGGCGUUGGAUUUUGCUAAAUUCUAUUUUGGGAUUGCGAAAGUCGCUCUGGGUGAUUUGUUUGAGAGUAGUUGCCUGGAGACGGCUCAGGCAUUGCUGCUUUUGAGAAAUGUGCUGCUCAUCAGGUCGCCUAGACAGCAUGAAAGAGCUAACCUACUACCAAGUCUCUCUCCCCAAACUCAAGGCAUGAACCUCACCCCAUCUGCCGUCAUGCUAUGUAUUAACAAGAUCCAGAUCCACUUUGGAGGCCUCGAUCCCGACGCUGAAGACAACGACGUAGCCAUAAUUCCAGUCAUGGUCUCUCUAGCCCAAAUCAUGUCCGAAGCAUCCCACCAACUCUACCACUCAACACAACGAUCUCUCAGCGAGAAAUCCAGUCUAGCAAUGUCUCUCGACGCAAGACUACAGGAGUGGAAAUCUAAUAUCCCAGCAUUCCUAAAUCUAGAUGCACAUCCACUCAGCGACCCGGAAUGGGCCUUUAAACAAAAGCUCGUACUAAGACUGAGAUACUACAAUACCCGAAUCCUAAUCCAUAAACCAUUCCUCGUCGCAUCAACUACAAAUGCUGAAUCGUGUGAGUUCAGACAACAUCUGCAUAUGUGUCUCGAAGCAGCACGCAUGAGCAUAAAAAUGCAGUACGAGUCUUUUAUGCAUCGUAUUUAUAUUCGCACCUGGUGGUACAACACGACCUAUGCCCUCUACGGCUCAAUGAUCCUCCUCCACCUAAUCCUCUCAAAUUUCCCCGGCCUACCAGAUGAAGAACUCCUUGAAGACGUCGAGAAAUCUCUCGAGAUCUUCUCAUCCAUGGACGAUAUUAUCGUAGCCCGGCGCUGCGCAGAAAUGCUACGUGAGGUUCUGGAUGUUGCGCGGACAUGUCUUGCGCGUAGAAGGUCGCAAAUGACUCAAAUGCCUACACGGUAUCCUGCGUUGGACGGCCCGUCACUUACGUCUGGUUCGCAUGCGCAGGAUGGGUUUGCUGUGCCGGAGAUUUCUCUGGGGGCUUCAGAGCUUCUGACGGAGGGGCAAGCACAGGGAUCUGGAUUGCAGCCCGAUGACGAUUUCUUUCUCUCGCUGUUUAGUCAGGAUCAGCAGUCUGAUCGGACGAGGGCGGAGAUGUUGGCUAAUUUGGUUGAUCCUUCUAUAUUGGAGGAUUUUGCGUUCGGGGGACAGGAGUUUUCUCUUUUCUAG